AUGCUCCCCGCCAUCACCCGCCCUCUCCUCGCCUUAUUGACGACCUUCGUCGUUCUGCUUCCGGCUGCUCUCGCCAACGUUGAGAAGACCGUCUUUGUUGCGCCUUCCGCCAUAGCCGUUCCAAAUGUUCGCCCUGGCCUCCAAGACCUCCGCCUGACCAGCCUUUCGCCUUCUGCCCACGUCUUGCGCACCAACAUUCCCGUUGCCUUCAGGUCCGACGCCUCGCCACGUGGUCUCGACUCCUGGUAUCUGCUCAGCGAGCUCACCCCGGGCCAAAGAUACGAAGUCCGCGUGUGCUGGGCGGCAACGCAACCAACUUCUUUCUGGCUGGAAGCGCACUCCAUAAGCCACGUCUUCGAAACACCUGAGCUCAUAACCGCUCUCGCGAGCUUCUCGGAAAGCAUACCCGAUUCUAAACCCAUUGUCGACGCUAGGAAGGCCACCGACCCGGCCGAAACAUCUGCCUCGCUUCUUUUCCUCCGCAUCCAGGCUGCUGCCGACUUUUACAGCCUGAACAAAACGCGAAUGAGCAACCCGCCGGAUGUGAAAGUGGAUAUCAUACUUGAUCCUUUUAUCCUUAACGCCGUGCCAAGGUCCCUCAUACCGACAGGCUUAUACAUCAUCGCGCUUGCUGUUGGGGCCUGGUUCCUCUCCUCCUUCAUCGUCAACUGGGCAUCUGCCAUCGAGCCAGUAAAGCCCCACACGGAUUGA